GCGAUAGUGGUGUUAGAAAAUAUUAUGAUAACGAUAUUUUCGUAGAAACGGAAGGACGUUCAGUUUACAAUAUGGACAAACUGAUAAACCACAAUCUUGGUCUAGAUCUAGUUGAGCCACUUUCCAAGUUGAUGUCAGUAAUAAGUUGAAAAUAUAAUAAAUCUUUAAUAUUUCCGAGUGAGUUAAGCAAAGGAACCGCUUGUCCGCGCAGCCGCUUCCGCCUCAUACGCGCCGACCAGAUGAGUCAUUUGAUUGACAUGAGCCAUCGCAUUCUUGCUUUCGCGUAGACGUGUGCGUCGACAUUUUCCACCUGAGCAUAACUUGCUUUUUUGACUUCCGACUUCUUAGGAGUGUGUAUCAUCUGCGGUAGAUCUAUUUGAGAAUCCAUUACCUUCGUGGAAAGCGAGAACAAUCAUACGAUUUAUUGCAGCACGCCUCUGUAUCACAUGUGGUAUCAGUUUUGCUGGUUUUGUAAUUUUGUUCCAGAUUUUUCAUUUGGAUGAUCUGAUCGAAGAAAAUACUCUGCGGUCACAUCAGCUGCACAUGUUUUACUGUGAAUAAGGCGAAUUCAAUGCUUGCACCUUGUGUGGAUCUUGAAUUCUUGGCUGAUUUUGAUUUACGUUUAAAGUAAAUUUUGUUGUUGAUAAAAUGUUACGUUGGAUGCGAAACGAUGGAGGGAAGGGUAAGGAACCCGAAGUGUUCUCGACGGUAGUGGACGGCCUGAAGAAACUGUACCGUCAGAACAUCCUCCCCUUGGAAGAACAUUAUCGCUUCCAUGACUUCCACAGUCCGCAGCUCGAUGACCCGGACUUCGAUGCCAAGCCCAUGAUUUUGUUGGUGGGACAGUAUUCAACCGGAAAAACAACUUUUAUCCGUUAUUUGAUUGAACAAGAUUUUCCGGGAAUGCGUAUUGGUCCCGAACCGACAACAGAUGGAUUUAUUGCCAUCAUGAACGGCGAUCAGGACGGAGUCAUACCAGGCAAUGCGCUGGUUGUCGAUCCUAAACGACAGUUUAGAAAACUCAGUAAAUUUGGCAACAACUUCCUCAAUCGAUUUCAGUGCUCUUUGGUGAAUAGUCCAGUGCUGGAAAGUGUGACGUUCGUGGAUACUCCUGGUAUUUUGAGUGGCGAGAAACAGCGCAUUGAUCGCGGCUAUGAAUUCACCGGUGUACUGGAGUGGUUUGCUGAGCGCGUGGACCGAAUAAUACUCUUAUUUGAUGCCCACAAACUGGAUAUCAGCGAUGAAUUCCGUCGCGCUAUCGAAGCAUUACGUGGCCAUGAUGAUAAAAUACGGAUUGUACUGAACAAAGCCGAUAUGGUUGAUCAUCAGCAGUUAAUGCGAGUGUAUGGAGCGCUGAUGUGGUCAUUGGGAAAAGUGCUUAACACACCGGAAGUGGCGCGAGUGUACAUUGGUUCGUUUUGGGAUCAUCCGCUACACAAUGACUCUAAUCGGCGCCUUUUUGAAGCGGAGGAGGUUGACUUGUUCCGAGAUAUUCAGAGUCUACCAAGAAAUGCCGCUUUGAGAAAACUGAAUGAUUUGAUAAAACGGGCACGCCUUGCAAAGGUGCAUGCCUACAUCAUCAGCGCGCUGCGCAAAGAAAUGCCAGCGGUUUUCGGCAAAGACAGCAAAAAGAAAGAACUCAUUGACAAUUUGGCUCAAGUUUACACCCAAAUUCACAAAGAGCACAACAUUUCCCCGGGUGAUUUCCCUAAUCUGCAGAAAAUGCAGGAAGCUCUUCGUGAUCAGGACUUCACAAAGUUUCACCAGUUAAAUCCCAAGCUAAUUCGCAAUGUUGACCGAAUGCUGGCUGAGGAGAUAUCCGGUCUGAUGAACAUGAUCAGUCUGGAAGAAUCCCGUCAGCCGACAGAACCAGCCGUCAAGGGAGGUGCCUUUGAUGGACUGACGAAAUCUCCAUUCGGAGUGGGCUACGGUGAGGGAGCGAACGCCGGUCAGGAUGCACCGGAAUGGAUUGUCAACAAAGACAAGUACAAAUAUGACGAAGUGUUCUAUAUGCUCAAUCCGGUUGAUGGGAAAAUUACGGGAGCUGCGGCCAAGGGUGAAAUGAUUAAGUCCAAGCUCCCUAACUCCGUAUUAGGCAAGAUAUGGAAGUUGUCGGAUGUGGAUAAAGAUGGAAUGCUGGACAUUGAAGAGUGGGCGCUGGCUAAUCAUUUAAUCCGUAUCAAACUGGAAGGAAAUGAGCUUCCUGCAGAACUUCCGGCACAUCUUAUUCCACCGUCCAAGUCAGGAAUCUAUCCGCGUCUUGGGAAUGGAGAAGCUUAACGUGUGGGGCUUACACGAGAAUUUUUAUAUUUUUUUUCGGUUUUUCCUGUCACAGUAAACUAUUGCUUGUUUUGAUUUUCCUUUUAAACUACCAUUUCUCCGCUUACAGAUGUCUGUCUGUUGUUUAAUACCUUGUUUGAUUUAUUUCGUACCAGUUCGCCAAAAAUAAUUUAAUUAUUUAUGUUCACAAAAUGCGGAAGAACCCACUUGUCAAAAAGUAAGAAAAACAACCUUGAUAUGGA